CGAUUUCUCAUCGAAACCCGUACCUUUCCAGCGAGCUCAUGUAGCUCCUAUAUUUUAUUGGCCGUGUGCCAAAAUCGCUGCAGCCAUAAGACAACGUAUUUGUUCGUGAAAAAUCACAAUAUAACAAACCCAUGAGGUGGGUUGUACGAUGAAACUGAAUAUACAUCUCAGUUUAUUAAUAUAAACAUCGCUAAGACGAUCUGCUUUACUGUUCUUCCUCAUUUCAUGUAUAAGCUAUCAGUGAGCAUUGUUCGGGACUAACAGCGGCCGUUAAGAGUUUCUUUGGUUUUUGUCAAAACUCUGUGAGAAAAAAAAACAAAGACAUUUCGAUAUUUGGAGUACAAGUGAAAUGGAGAACAUCACCUCAGCAUUCAGUGCCAUAUUGUCGUCUCUGCUAUUGAUGGCUUCACUGCAAUGCACCAUCCGUUGCUCAUUCGCUGAAGACGCUUGGACUCGACCAUUCAGGUUUUCAGAUUGUAAUUCGAGAUUCGAUGGUCAAAUGAAGACUUUCCUCACCGUCUCUUCUCUCGUUUCACCACUUCCUAGUGGUUACAAAGAACGUUUUCUGGAGUUGAACUGGUACGGAGACCUUCCACAAUAUGAUGAUCAAGUUGCUUUAUUUGACUAUGACCCAGCUACAGAAGUGGGGCGACCUCUAGAGGCAGUUCGCCCAAGUUGGCUUCUUAGCAAUUUUUAUCGAACAAACUUCCAGUUGCCUUAUUUUAAUUUUACUGAAGACAAUCUUACAUCGGAAUGUUUGGGUUUUUGGGCUGGAUACUUUCGAGCAAGGCGACUGAUCAGUUCAUCCUGUAUUAAGGCUGAGCCUUUCUGGAUGCAAGCAAAUAAUAAAAUGUUGAAAGGUUUGCGUUUUCGUGAUCUCAUGAUUCCCGGGACACAUGACUCUGGGAGUUAUAGGCGAUACCCAGGCAAUAAAAAGGACAACAUCAUCACAAGAUAUAAAUACGACCAAGAAGAAAGUGUGUUUAACCAGCUUGCUUAUGGAAUUCGUUAUCUUGAUGUACGCGUGGGAUAUUAUCCUCGAACCAAACAGAAAUUUUGGAUUAAUCAUGACUUCUUUCGGACUCGAAAUAGUCUGUCUAUGGUUUUGGAUGAUGUCAAAAGAUUUCUCGAUAUUACUUCGGAGAUUAUAAUAUUGGAUUUUCACCGAUUUCCUUUCGGAUUUAGACAUGAACCAGAAGCGCAUCAGCAUCUUAUUGAAAUCCUUCUGUAUAAUUUUAAGCCUUACUUAAUCCCUAGGUAUUAUGGCAGAGAUGUUACUCUAGGUUUCUUAUGGAGAACCAAUAAACGUCUCUUAAUUGCCUAUAACCAUAAAAUGAAGCCACGAAAUAACUACCUAUGGCCUGGAAUUCAACAGAUGUGGGGAGACCGACAAUCUGUCUCAGAUUUAAAAUCCUACUUUGAUAACCUGUUCAGCCAGAGCCUGCCCAAAAGACUUUGGUCUUCUAUGGCAAAACUCACUCCGACCAUUUUUACCAUUUUGAUCAACCCAACAAAGGGUCUUAGAGGACUAGCAGACGAUGUUAAUCGUAAUGUAACGCGUUGGUUUAGAGAUCUGUGGUGGAAGCGGUCAAACAUUAUAGCAACAGAUUAUUUUUUAGGAAAUGACAUUAUUAAUGUAGCUAUAAGGUCAAACAGAAAAAGAGUUUUAUGUUAAUAGAUAGAAACUUCUAGAUUGCGUCAAUGUUACUUUAAGUUUAAAACUAAUUACAAACUAAUAGAACAGGAUAUAUAUAUAUAUAUAUAAUGUUAUAUCACAUAGUGGGUAGACUAUAUGUUGCGAUGGCCAAGGUACUCAAUAGGCAUAAUACAGAUAUGUACUCUAAAAAUCAACAUCGACAGAGAGUUUUACUUUAAAAGAUGAUUGCCACUAACUUUCAUUUGUUUCUUUACCCAACAAGCCCAAAAACAUGGCAAGAAAUCAUCGCUAAGAUACCAAACCAGAACGUGACCAACCCACUAAAUUAUUUGUCUUUCUUCUUGUUGUUUCAAUCGAGAUAACUCAACAACUACUUUAUCACCAACGUUAAUUGAAACCUAAAUCCGUUCUAUGUGUUCCUGGGCAGUGCACGACGUCAUCGCUUAGUCGUAGUAAUGAAAAAAAUCAUAAUUCUGGUGUAAAUGAUGUUGUCAUUAUCCCUAGAAGUUAGCUUUUUUCAUAGAAAUAUGGCUUUUAAAAAACAAGAAUUACCAGCCAAUAAUAUAUAAACAUUAGAUGACUGUAACAUGUAGAAUAUUCAAUGCUUUGUACACUAUACAAUCGAUGUCUUUAGGGAGUCAACCCCUAUAUUAUGUAUGAAGUGAAGUAGUAUAAAAAUUCAUUACACAUAAUAUUAAAUUUUAUUACACACAUUCAUAGGAUACACUAAUUUUCAGUUAGAGGAAAAACGUCUCAAAAUAAGUAAUAAAAACAUUUUGUAAUUGUAAAAUGAUGUAAGGGUGGCAGUGCCAAAAAGAAUGCAAACAACAAUAUAGGGAUGAUACAGCUAUAUAUAGAUCAUCCCUACAUGACUUUCAAUAUUAAAAUUUAAUGUUACACUGUGAAAUGCAUACCUGACUUUAAUUACUUCAGUUAGAAGUUAUAUACAUUCCUGACUGUUGGUAUGCAGUUUGUUUAUCAUAUCAUGGUCGUGUCAGGUUAGGCAUCAAUGUAGUGUAACUAAGAAUCUAGGACAUAUGUACAAGGAAAACCAAGUUGAGUCAAACAUGUCUUGAUUAUUAUAGACUCUUGCUAUUAGAUCGGUCGAAUUAACCGACCUUUUAACCAUUUUGUAGUCGUGCACUUUACAGUGUAACAUUAUAUUUUAAUAUUGAAAGUCAUGUAGCGAUGAAUUAUGUAUAGCUGUAUCAUCUCUAUAUUCUUGUUUACAUUAUUUUUGGCACUGCCAUCCCUACAUCAUUUUAAAUUUACAAAAUGUUUUUUAUUACUUGGAUAAAUAUAAAAUUAUGAUUCAUUUAUCCCAUGCUGUGCUCCUUAGUGUUUAAUAAUAGAACAUCUCAUGGUACUGAACUAAUUUUGAUUUUAUAACGUUUUGUUUGUUUGUAUAAGUUGAAGCGCAAAGAUACACAAUUGGCUGUGUACACCGUUAGUACUAAACCCCUAUUAAUAAAUACGGGCGUUAUAAGUCCAUAUUAUAACGGAA